UUACAGAAUAGACUUGGUCGAAACACCGUGUUCCCAACAUUUCUUGAGUACAGGUCACCCAGCUGCAGAGCGGGCAGGACGCUUUUGUGGAACAAAGUCGGUCUCACAGCCUUGAGAGGUGUUUUUGUCUCCUCAUGGAUCCUGGAUGCUUUGGACUGACAGCACCAACCUGCUGUCGCUCUGGGGACUGUACCACCUGGGCCGUUCAGGUGGAGGAGGCUGCCAGCUGGUCUACAUCCUCAACCUUCUGCUGUCAGACCUCCUCCAGCUGCUCACCCUGCCACUGUGGAUCCUUUAUCUCCAAGGUGGGCACCGCUGGCCCUAUGGUCAGCUAACCUGCGAGCUGGUGGGGUACGUGUUUUACGUAAACGUCUACGCCAGCGUCAUGUUCCUGUGCCUGAUAGCGCUAGACCGCUGCCUGGCCAUCGUGUACCCGUUGAGCAGCCGCAGGAUACGGACUGUCAGGGUGGCAGCGAUGUCUGGUGUGGCAGUUUGGACUCUCACCUUUCUAUUUUGCCUUAGUGGGCUGCUGCCAUCAGUGUUUAACUCUGAAACUCUGCUGUGUCUGGAGCAGUACCCCGUCAGCCCCAGAUACGCCCACUUCAAGAUCACCACCGUGGCUCUGGGCUUCUUGCUGCCAUGUGCCAUACUUGGCUACACCUCAGCCCACAUUGGGGUGACACUCCGACGAUCUCCUUCCCUCUCUGACCAUGAGCGGCACAAAAUUGUGGGCAUUUUAGUCGUGAUCACUGUCAACUUCAUUGUUGUGUUUGGACCCUAUCACCUCGUGGGCGGAUACAGAUUUGUGUCCUUGCUGCUGACUAAUGAGCCGUGUGCAUUUGAGAAUUCUAUUUUCCUCAUCUAUCGCCUGUGCUACGGUCUGACCAGCCUCAACACCCUGCUGGAUCCCCUCUUCUACAUCUUCCUGUGCCCUGAUGCCCGGCUAGAGCUGCAAAGAUCCCUGCCCUGUUUGGGAAGGGGACAAGAUGCUCGCAAAAAGAUUAGCCUCAGUACCAGAGCUCACCCAGACAAUCAGAGGGAGAGAGAAACUGGACAUAAUAAUCUUCUGGCAGUAUAACUUGGAUUUGACCACAAAGCUGACUCCUGGUAUUUAGUCAAAGCAAGUGUGCCACCUAGUGGAAAUGCAUGUGUGCAGUGUGUUUCAACUCUUACGUUCAUUUGCCUCAUUAGCUUCACUUUCCUGUGUCUAAAUACCGAGUGGGAGAAAAGUAGAAACAUUUGUGUGCAGCAAACAGUGUAAAGACUGAAACUGUUGCUUAUAUAAAUUCAACACUAUAUAAUUGAUUACACAUAUUGUUUCACAUAUUUUUCAUAUAAAUUGGAUUCAGAUCCUUACCCAUUGUUGUCUCAAAUUAGACAUAUAGCCACAAUAAGGAAUUAUGCCAACUGAGCUUCCAGGUUGUUUGGGACCAUUUCUUAGUUUUUUAUGAUAAAUAUAAUGAUGAUCUAGGGAUAUCUUUUCAUUUGUUAAGGAUAUUUCUUCAUUAUUCAUGUACUUUUUCUGUUUUCCAGCAUAUUGGAAUGAAUUGUGAAUAAAUGUCACUAUUAUCGAUUGGCCAAAUAAAAAUCUGCCCAGCGCAUUCAAGUGGUGAACAGUUUCUGAGUUGCUGGAUGGGUUUUAAUUUGAAACACACGUAGCUUAACAUCGAUUUAAAACAAAAUAACCUGGCCAAAUGGAAGCAAAGGGAAUAAGUGUUUGGCUGGAGGUGAAUAUAAACUGUAUUUCUCAGGAGCCGAUUGUCGAGUAUAAAAUGAUUCUGUUGUUGAACUGAUGAAAGUGAUGCUUUGCAAUAAAAACAAUAAAAAGCCCUCAAUGUAUAAGUAUAAGACACAGCUUUAACAACACAUUUAAACUGUAGCAGAUGAAAAAACGCAGGUCUUCUUACUAAAAUAUUAUAAGAUAUAAACUUAGAAAAUUACAAAUAAAUGCUCAUAUAUGUCUCAUAUAGAGGCCUGUUUCAAAGAAGUAAAUAAAAGCCUUGUCACUAUUA